GCUUCAGUGCUGCAACCGGCCGGCCAAAAGCUGGAACUAUGUCGGCCAAAAGCUGGAACCAUGGCGGCAAAAAGUUUCAAGCAGUGUUGCUGGCAAUGAAGAUGGAGGGCUCCGGUGCUACAACCGGUUGGCUUUUUUUGCUGGAAACAUGCCGGCGAAAAGCUGGAACCACGCCGACGAAAAGUUGCAACCAGCAUUGCCGCUGAUGGAGAUGGUGGGCUACCAUGUUUUUUGUCUGAUGAAACCGGUGUACCAAACUUUUGUUACCAUGGCCUUCGAUUUUUGCUACCACCAUCUUUGAUUUUUGCUACAACCCUGUUUUUGAUUUUUUGUUGGAUCCAUCUGGAACCACUUCAAUUUUAUUGUUACCGUAGUUUUGAUUUGUGCUACCACCGUUGUUGAUUUUUGCUACCAACCUACCUUUUGAUUUGUUA